CCAGUGUAUCUUGAAAAGAUACGUCGGUCGCGAUGCAGGUUGUCGGCGGGCCACAGGAAGAGCGGUCGCGGCGGCUCAUGCGUGACCCGAUGAUGGACGCACCGACGAAAGAGAGAGAAUUCGUCGUUCCUGUAGACUUUCGCAUGCAGGAGGAGACGUAUCAGGAGAAGUUUGCGGCGCAGCACGAAGAAAUCACGUUCCUCAAGACGUACAUUGAAAAGUUGUUGAACCAGCUCCGUCGCGUGCUGGUGAAGCACAACGAGUUAGAGCAGCUCCAAACCCUUUGUGAUCCCACGACAACACAUGUUGCCGACGAUGGUGAGGACUCCAUGACGCCUCCUCCUUGGUUUACGUCCAAGGAGUACAUGAGUCCGUUGUUCGCAGCGUACGAAGGCCGCAUCAAGGAACUGGAAUCCACGUGCGACAAGCACCGCAAGGACCUCGACGCAUUCGUUGCCCACGCAACGUCGCUCACGUCCGAGAACGACCGAUUGAAUCAGGAACUCACGACGGCGCUGGAGAAGCUCAUCAUGCAUGCCGAGGCGCCUUCUUCUGGAGGCCGCGGGUCGUCCGACUUCUUUGCCACGUUGACACCCGUCGACUCGACAGCCGACCAGCUAGCCGAAAUGAACGAGCGGCUGGACUUUCUCAUGUCUGAGAACAACUUGUUGGCGGAGCAGCGGUCCCUCGUCGAGACCGAGCUGGACGAGUGCCAGCGCGACAUUCACGACCGCGACGACCAGCUGCUGGCCAUGAGUCACAACUUCAACCAGGCGACGGUGGCCAUCCAGGAACUGCGCGACUCGUGCGAUCACUUGAAGCUGGAAAAGCAAAAGUGCGAAGUGCAAGUGCAGCAGUUUGCAGCCACGAUCGCCCAGUUGGAGGCCCAGAAAGAAACCAUCGCCAGUCGCGUCACGGGGCUACAAGCAAACGUCGCCACGUACUUGAACCAAAUUGAAGAGUACGAACGCACAAUCAGCAACGUCAAGGCGGCGUCCGAGCAAAAGCAAUUGCUCGUCACGAAGCGGUACCAGGGCGUGUGUGAACGGCUGCGGGAGCUCACGACGGCAUUGGAUGCCAAGCACAAGCAAGUUGACGAGUGGCAAGAGCGGCAUCGCGGGGUGGUUUCCGAGUUGGAUUUGGUCAAGCACGACUGCGAGGCUAUGGUCAAGGUGAUGCAGAACAUGGAGAAGCAACUGAAUGAGUACGCCGCGCGGGAAGAGGCCGUGGCGGAGCUGGAACGGUCGACUGUGCACAAGGCACAUGAGGCGGCGUUGGAGCGCGACCAGGCGUUGGCAAAGGAGGCGCAGUGUCGGCGGGAGAUUGCACGACUGCUGGAGCAAAAGCAGCUCGCUGCGUCCGAGUAUCUGAAGGCCACAGACAGCGCCGUGGACAAACUCCGCCGCAAAUUAGAGGGCGAGGUUCAGCACCGCGCAGACGAACUCAAGCACGCCCAGGCGGUCAUUGUAACGCUCAAGAUGCAACUGGAGACGGCGUUCCGAACGCAACAAGAUGCGGAAAAACACGUCCAAGAGUGUGUGGCACAGGGGGAAACUCGCCAUCAAGUGUUUCUCGAUCAACACAAGCAACUGGCGGAUCGUGUGGCAGUUGCCGAGCAACUUCGUGACGAAGCGGUGGCGGCAGAGUCGCGGCUGGCGUCCGUGUUGGCGGCCAAGGACGGCCAGUUUCAGAAAACGGUGGCGGAGUUGCAGGACAAGCUAGCGGUCGAGCACGAGCACUUGAGUGGGCUGCAGAGGGAGCUGGACGUGCGGCGAUCCGAGAUCCGGGAAGCCCUCGAGUCGAACGCAGCCAAAGACAAGCAAGUCGCAUGCCUUACAAAGGAAGUCGCGGACGUUCGAAGUGAGUGGAACCAAAAGCACAAGUACCAGCUGGACAUGUACUCGCAGCAGGUUCGGGACCUCAAGGCGCGGCUCGACAUGGCCGACGGCGAAGUGAUGAAACUCAAGCACGACAGUGCCAAGACGGAGCACGCGCUCCGGCUCGAGCACAGCCGCAUGGACGCCAAGUACAAGACAGAGCUCGAGGUCGCAAGCCACCGCGCGAGUCGGCUCAAGGACGACAAGACCCUCGUGGAAGCGCAUUUGUCCGACGUCCACGCCAAGCAGUCCCAGUACGCUACCAAGAUCAUUGGGCUUGAACAAGAGCUGGCCGAUGCACACGACCAAUGCAGUCAGUGGCAAAUGCAUGUGGACGAGGCCGAGCGCAAGAGCGCGGACGUCGCGGCUCAGCUCAAACUGGUGCUCGCGACCCAGCAACAGAACUUAAGGGCCGACGUCGAGCUCAAGUCGGCGUUGGAUCGCGUAAAACUGGAAAAGGCGCGGCUCGAGCGCGAAGUGGCGGUACGGUUUGCAUUAGAGGAAGGUCAUGCAAGGAGGUUUGUAGGUGCUGCGGAAAAGUCUAGAGGAUCUGCGACAGCGCCCCAAGGACCCCCUCCCCCCGCAUCACAAUUCGAGUGCGUUCUUGCUGCCUAUGGCAGUGGACAAGGUCGGCAUGUAGAUGCUGUUACUAGACAGGUCACUUUGCUAUGGAGACACUGUUAUGCACGAUGAUAAUGCAUGGGCCUUGCAUACUCCAAGUGUACCCUAUCAUCAUGGCGGUGUUGCUGUGUAAAUAUAACAUGUGCCUGUUGAAGAUCGUG